AUGUGCGACUUGGUAACGCAAGACGUUGGACGUACCCCAAGAUUUGUAUGUCCAGAAGGUCUCGCCAGCCUAUCUGGAGAGUCCCGCCGACGCGGGCAUUGGGCACUCCCUGAGUUGGUCGAGCAGAGCCUCAAGUACGUACCUCAGCCUGAAGAGGCAUCGGUGGAAGUGGAGCGCUGCGCUGAUCCCAUCUAUUACUCUUCAGGACGACCUGCAGCGGCAUGGGACUCCAGACCUGGCCCUGGCGGCCUCGCCCUGUCAUCCUUGGGAGAAGAUGGUGUGUGA